AUGUCAAAUACUCUCGAAGUGACAGUGGUGGGCGGAGUGGGGUUGUCGGACAAGGAGCUGUUCACGCGCCAGGACCCAUACGUCGUCCUCGAGUACGGCCAACAGCGCUUCCGCUCCAAGACAGACAUAGACGGCGGCACGAACCCCGCGUUCAACGCCACGUUCACGCUCUCGUUGCUGCCGGGUCUCAACGAGCUCUGCAUCGUCAUCUGGAACGAAAACGUGCUGCGCGAUAACGUCAUCGGCUCCUGCAGAAUAGCGCUGGAUAGGGUGCUGGCGACGGGCUUUGAGGACGGGUACUUCCCCGUGUACAACAAGCGACAGCAGCAGGCAGGCAGCCGCGAUGAUGCCUUGGAGGCCUCUGUGCUGACAGGGGGUGCUGCCUGCCACUCGGAGCCACUCAGACACCUCGCAUCUCCACUCCACCCCCUUUCAUCGGGCCCGCUUUCAUUAUUCCGCUCAAGCAACCUUCUCUCUGCUCCGUGUCUCCUCCUCUCCCCUCCCUUCUCCCCCCUUUCCGCUGAUCCCCCACUGCCUUUCCGUGCACCCGUGCAGCCAGCAUGGCUCCCUACGAGUCGUUCUCAAGUACCGCCCUCAGUAUUCCCCCUCGCCAUACCCCGCAUCAACCUACCCCCCACCGUACGCUGCUCAACCGCCCUACGGUGCUCCUCCUGCCGCCUACCCCCCAAGCUACCCGCCCCAGCAAUACCCACCGUCAUCCUACCCUCCACCUCAGUCAUACCCCUACGGCCAGUCUCCUUACCCUCCCUCGUACCCACCUGCACAAGGGGGGGCGUAUCCCUAUCGCUGAGCUUCUGUUUAGGGGGGGUACUUGCAUAG